ACAACGGUAGAAAGGAGUUUCUCUUUUCAUAAUAUCUAUUAAGAAAAGGCUACAAUACUUUGAUUCCACAUCAAAUGAGAUGCAUAUUAUUUCAGAAAUAGCUAUGAACUGGAACUGGACAGAUAAUAACAACAGUGUUUAUUGUAAUCCCAUUGCACAAAGAGGUAUUUUUAUGUCGUAAGGUUGCGCCAUUUACAGCAGUUGGUCAACUCUUCUCAUAUGAUCUGAAUCUGAACUGAAAUCAAAACUAACCCAACUUUCAAAUUAGUCGUUCUUGUCUUAUUGAGUUCUUGCUUCCUCAUCAAAUUGUGUGAACAAAAGUUUAAAAUGUUAAGUGCAAGAAAUAAUUCACAUUCUCAGUCUCUUUUACUUCGACAAAGUCAUCCAAAGAAUUUUGGAAUUUUCUUUCUCGUGGUUAUAUGUGGAUUUGGAAUAGGAGUUAUUCUUUUUGCAUACACAUCCUUUGCAGACAGUCUUUAUGAGCCUGAAACUUUGAAAUAUGUUGUUGUGUAUCAUCGUCAUGGAGCUAGGAGCCCAACAAAAACAUAUAAAAAGGAUCCCUACUCUGAUUGGAGAAAGUACUGGCCAAUGGGUUGGGGUCAGCUAACAUUGGAAGGCAAAGAGCAAAUGUACGACAUGGGCAUCAGGUUGUGGAAACGCUAUAGCCGAUUCGUGGACAAGUUCACAGUUCAGACCGUGCGCGUGGAGAGCAGUGAUGCCGACCGCUGCUUGAUGAGUGCUCAGCUGGUAUUGGCUGGCCUCUUCCCGCCCACUGCCGCUGAUCAGAUUUGGAAAAAGGACUUUCAUUGGCAGCCGAUCCCGGUGCAUAGCACGCCUAAGGUUUACGACAGGAAAAUAAUAAUGAAAGCUCCUUGUCCAAGAUACACGGCUGAAUUCAACAAAGUCCUCCAGCAGUCGAUCAACAAUGCAACUGAUGAAGAUAAAUUACUAUUUGCUUUACUUACUAAAGAUACAGGAAUGGAUGUCAAAAGUAUACGUCAAGUUGAGUCAAUCUACUCAAUUCUUCACAUCCAGGAUGGGGUAGGACUUCCUCUUCCUUCUUGGACUAAGAGCAUCUAUCCUGAUGCUCUCAAAGAAAGAACUAAAGACAGCAUGUCUUUGUCUACUUAUAAUACUCUCAUGAAGAGAUUGCACGUCGGGCCUUGGAUAAAAGAGCUGUUUGAACGUCUACAUAACGCCACUGUGAAAGCAGCUGACAGCAGUAAAGCCAAUAGCACUAUGAAAAUGACAAUCUAUUCAGGACACGAUAUGGGUCUAAUAGCCGUUUGGAGAGCGUUCGAUUUUCCCGGGAAAAUUUUGCCGAAUUUUGGCGCCACUUUUCUGUUUGAACUGCACCACAUCAAUAAUGAGAAUAUUGUUAAAAUUCUCUAUUACAACAAAACAUCACAAGCUGAGCCCCAUGAGCUCCAAAUUCCACACUGCGGCCACCCCUGCCUACUGACUGAUUUACACAAAAAUAUGGAAUACCUGAUGCCUGUUGACUGGGAACAAGAAUGUUCCUUAUAGUAUACGUGUAAUAAUUGUUAUUUUUUAAUUAGUUUUAUAGCAGUUGUUUACUUUUGUAUCAAAGUUGAAACUUUAAAAUCAGAAACUAGCAGUAGGUCUAUAUUUAUUUCUGCAUCAAGGUUGAAACGUUAAAAUCAGAAACUCGUGAUAAAAUAGUAGAUGAAUAAUCAUUUGCUCAACAACUUAAUUAGAUGCAGUUUGUUUGAACCAAUCUGACAGUUUGCGAUAAGAUAGAUUCAUAGCUUGACAGCCUUUGAGAACUAACACAGUAUUACAAAUGGCUAACAAACGUUUUCAUAAUUUUACAUUUUUAUAAAGAUUCUGGGAUCUUACUUAUUCAAUUUUUAAAAAGAACAUUGACAAAUUAAUAUUAGAAAUUACCAUGACCAAUGAGUUUUAUGGACUUUUAUGAAUUUUAUACAGUUGAAAUCGUUUAAAUAUGUGCCAUAGUUAUUCAUAUAUGAGUCGUGAUUGGUGUUGUACUUCAUUUCUGAUUACUGAGUAUAAUGUAGAAAUGUUUACUGUCAAUGAAAAUCAUACUAUUUAUUUUAUAGUUGUUUUUUUGUAUUCUAAAGUGAAGAAAAAGUCAAUAGAUCUACAAUAAAUUAUAAUUAAGCUUCAAACAAAACCAAAUUUAUGAGAAAUUAGUUACUUUGCAUUAAAAAAAUAAACUGGAAUAGAAUUAUUUGUAUAUACUGAUUAAUUUUGUAUUACUGUAUAUUGACAUUUUAAUUAUGAACAAGUAAAUAUUUUAAAAUCAUAUUUAUCUGUAUGAUAUUUUUAGUAGAUUAUUUCUAGUUUUAUCAAUAUUACACUGUUGUUUUCAAACUUCAAAAUCUAUAAAAAAACGACUGAGUCAUUGUCAAUAUUGUAGAACCGUUCCAUAAUUGAAUAAAAAUACACAUAUGUUGUCAAAUUCUACACAGUUUUAUUCGGUACACAACCAUGGUUUCGUGACCACACCGGUCACAUUUUUCAAAAAUCGUACCACAUCGUAAAAUCGUCAGUAUUCGUGUCCCGAAUAAAACUGUAGAAUUUGACAGCAUAUGUGUGUUUUUAUUCAAUUUCAAAAUCUAUAAGAAUUAUUUUAUCUAAGAUUAUUGCAAUUGACUUGACUUAUAACUUGAUUUUUAGAAUAACGUAUUUGGGAAAGAUUCAGUCAGCGUUUUUAGCAGUGAAUUAUUUCACAAUGGAACAAAUAUAUAGGGCGUAGUAUUAUUAUGUGUAGAAACAGUAAAUUCGUAUUACAACAUUUUCAAUGCAAUUUUUAUAAGUAUUUUAUACCAUUUAUUUGUCGUUAUUUUAUACUAUUUUGGAAUGACUGGAAUAACCAAAACCUAUUGUAAAAGUUGGAUUGGAUGGACUCCAAUUGUCACUUGAACCUAAUAUUGUUGAAUUAAAACUUUUGACGCUUUUUGAA